AUGUAAAGAAAAUAGUAAUAUGAAAAUGACUUCAAAAACUUCUAAGAAGACGGUUCAAUCUCGAUAGAUCAAAUGCUCAAACAAAAAGACUUGGCUGAAAAACAGAAGGAAAUUUGUCUCAGAAAUUCAAAAACCUUCGAACUCUUUGCCACAUGUAUGGAAAGACAUGAAGGUAAAAUUGACAACUUUGCAAAAUACCUCUCCAUCAAGAUGCUCUUCAUUGAAAAACAAGCUCUUGAAUGUUACAAAGGAAAUACUAAUGAUCGAGAAUAUGAAAGAUGUCAUCAAAGAAUUGAAUCAUAAUUACAUGAUGUCUAUAAUGAAUACUACUAAGGUUUACUUAACCUCUGA